CACGCGUGUGUCUAGGGAAUCAAUUGCGCUGGUGGCGUGACUCGGCUCUUAAACGAAGUAGUUACCCAGGUUGCACGAUGUCUUCAGAAGAUAAUAGCAUGAACCAGACUACCUCUGAAAGCAAAGAGCUGGACCAGCAGAACGUGGUCAGUCGAGUGGCCAAUCUGCCGCUGGUGAGCUCCACCUAUGACAUGGUCUCCUCGGCUUACGCCUCCACAAAAGAGACCCACCCCUACCUGAAGUCUGUCUGCGACGUGGCCGAGAAGAGCGUGAAGACUCUCACGGCGGCGGCUGUGAGCGGGGCCCAGCCCCUGUUGACCAAGCUGGAACCUCAGAUUGCAGCUGCCAAUGAGUACGCGUGCAAGAGCCUAGAUAAAUUGGAGGAAAAACUGCCCAUUUUGCAGCAGCCAUCUGAGAAGGUGGUGGCCAGCACUAAGGAAGCGGUCUCCAGCACCGUCAACGGGGCUAAGGACGCUGUGGCCAGUGGCGUGAGCGGUGUGGUAGACAUGACCAGAUCGGUGAUGUCAGGUGGCAUGAAUACCGUCAUGGGGUCCAGAGUGGGCCAGAUGGUGGCAACCGGAAUGGAUGCCGUACUGGACAUGUCAGAAGACCUGAUGGAUCACUACCUCCCUGUGACAGAGCAAGAGUUAGUUGAAUUGGCUGCUUCGGUGGAGUGCUCUGAACUGGCCACCGUAGAGCAGCAGAAAGAGCAGCAGAGCUAUUUUGUCCGCCUGGGGUCUCUCUCGAGCAAACUCCGCCACCGGGCCUACCAGCACUCCCUGGGCAAGCUGAGGACGGUCAAGCAGGGCACUCAGGACUCCCUUGUCCAGCUCCACCAGGUGAUCGAGCUGAUGGAACACGUCAAGGAGGGUGUUGGCCAGAAGCUUCAAGGAGGCCAGGAAAAGCUGCACCAGAUGUGGCUGGAGUGGAGCAAGAGGCAGGCGGGGAGCGGAGAGCCGGUGGACUCCUCGGUGCAGCCAGAGGUUGAGUCACAGACACUGGUCAUGUUCCGCGGCCUCACGCAGCAGCUGCAGGGCUCGUGCUCGACCCUCGUGUCCAGCGUCCAGGGUCUUCCGGCUUGCAUCCAGGACAAAGUUCAGCACCUCCGCCGCACCGCGGAGGAUCUCCACUCGUCUUUCUCAACGGCUCACUCCUUCCAAGACGUUUCGGCAACCAUCUUGGCCCAGAGUCGCGAGCAAGUCUCCAAGGCUCGCGAGGCCAUGGACGAGGUGCUCGACUAUGUAGUAUCGCACGUCCCCCUCCCCUGGCUCGUGGGCCCUUUUGCCCCCAACUUGGUUGAGCUUCCGGAAGCACCCAGCGCAAAGACGGAAGAUGGUUUCCAGGCCUGUGGAGAAUCAAAGGAGAAGCUGGAUGGCCCGCAAAAAGAGACCUCAGAGACUAAGAAAGACCUCUAGGUUUAUGCAGCAGAUUUCGAAAGUGUCUUUAACCCAGCUCUCGUGCAAAUAUCUGUGGGAGUUCCGUUGAAAGAGCUGUUGCAAAACCCACAGUUCCUAGGUAUUAGGAGAGCUCGUGUGCUGUUAAUGUCGCUUUGAAAUAUCUCAGUCUGUAAUGUUCACAUGUGCCUUCUAAGGAUCGGAAUUGAUGUGAACGACCAGCGACACAACCUCUUAAAGGCUGGCUGGCUUGUGUGUAAGAAUACGGUGGCUAGAACUAUACUAAUAUUCCCUGUGGAUGAAUAGAUUUCUGCAGCAUCCGUCUUUGCCAGCACCCCUCUAAGUGAGCCAUUUCAGCAUUUCGAGAUAGUAUCCCACUUGGCUCACGUAGCAUUGUGUGUAUGCAUUUUCCUAAAUAUGCACAUCUUUUUUUAGAUGUCUAGGAAAUCUUCGUUUUUCCUUCUCAUCUCACUUUAAGGGCAUUUUUCCACUGGAAUAUAGCAAAAGGUUCAGUCAGCAGAUACAAAGGCUAAUAGAUCUUCUGGUUUUCUUGUUUUUUAUUAAGUGGGGCAGGUUAAGAUCUUCGACUGAUCAGCAGGGACGCUGUGACUGUUUGUAGGGCAUUUUAAGGAGAACUGAGACUCUCCAGUGCCUUAAAUGUUACUGGGACAUCAUGUCUUCCAUUCCACCUUGACUCAGCUUCUGAUCUAUCUUUUCUCUGACAUCUCCCCUCCCCGACAGAGUAGCCCAAUAUUGUUGGGCUAGCCUUGAGAUUUGUAUGCUACACAUGUUUUUUUGAUCCUCUCGUCUUGCCAUAGAAGAGAUUUAACUGGUGCUGGUUCUCAUGCAGUGUUGAAUCUCCAUAACUGGUAGAUUCUGUAACUAUAACCAAUAUUGGGGGGGAAUUGAAAUGGUUCUUCUCUCUAAAUCAUACUAAUGCGUGUUUUUCACACUAAUGCGUGUUUUCUACUUUUUGUAUAGUGGCCAGUGUCUUGUUAAAAAAAAUUAAAGGUUUUCUGAUCAGCA